AUGCAUAUUUGUGGAUAUGUUCCGCCUUGGCUCUGUAAGAUUCUCUCUUGCAUGGGAGGACUAAAAUCUCAAGCCCAAACAAUGGACAAAGACAACAGACCAGAAGAUUUUUGGGACAACAGUGCUAUUGAUGUGGAUCACAGUGCAACUCAAUCCCAGACAAGCAUCUCAUCCAUCAUCGUAUCAAACCAUCCUUCUGAUCCUCAAAGUAGUGAUGCCAUUCAGACUGAUCCUCCAGAGUUUGUUAAUCAUGGUCUUCUUCUAUGGAAACAAAUACGACAACAGAGGUCAACAUGCUAUGAAUGUUGA